UUCCAUGACAACGUGUCAAUAUAUUUGUACGCGUUGCAGGGAUUGAUUAUGAUCUAUUUGGUUUAGUUUCACUUAUAAUUCGAUACUCUAUUGUCAUAACGGGUAUUUUCACUGAUAAUUCCAUUAGAUUGUUUUUAGUUUGUGCAUUCUUAUAUAAAAAUGCCGCCUUCUCCUAGCUCUACUUCUGUUGGAUCAGGUGGUCGAUCACCUAGCAAAGCAACAGCUGCUCCGAGAACAGCGAGUGGAGGCACAGUACGGCAACGCAAGUCUACAACGACUACCACAGCAGCAAGAAACAGAAGUACUGGUGCAGGUUCCGGUGGCAUGUGGCGUUUUUACACUGACGAUUCCCCUGGUGUAAAAGUUGGUCCAGUUCCAGUACUAGUGAUGUCUCUGCUCUUCAUUGCAUCAGUGUUCAUGCUCCACAUUUGGGGCAAAUAUACCAGAGCGUAAAAAGUACCUAUCUAUUAAUAUUGUCUAAGUUACAUUAUUAAAAUAUUCUAAUGAUUGUGGAAGGAAUGAAAGUAUGAAAUGUUUUUGUACUUGAGUGUUAGGUUAUAAUAAAUUGUAUAAUAUAAUAUUCUGAAUUAAAUUAAGUUUAAUAUUA